UUUGAGCCACAAGUUAUUCCGCGGCUAAAGUUGGAAGAACCAUUGCAUAACUUGGUACAAAUUCUGAGGCUGCUGGACUCAACUUGCUGCACGUUGGAGGGGAUGAGGCCUGCUUCUCCUCCUCUGCUAUAUCUGCCCAACUCUUUAUAUUUGUACCACUUUUUUGGUUACUCUUCGCUUCAACCUUAUUGUUUGAAUGCGUUGGAGUUAAGACCACUAACCCAUCCACUUCUUGUUCAUUUCCCUUGAACAAUAAUUUAUUUCCAAAGUCAUCCCGUUUCUCACCAAUUAACUCCAUAGAUAUCUCACACGCCGAAGCCUCCAAUGUAGCCAUCAACGGCUUAUUGUUGGUUUAAUUGAGUUAUAGUAUCAUAUGAACUUACCCAAGUUUUCAUUCCACACCUUUCUUUCUUACUUAUGUAAAUCUUUAUGCACCCAAAAAUAAAUCCAUCCACGUUGGUUUAAGAAUAUUUUUUUCGUUUAUUAUUUUGGAAGUAUAGGUAUAUAUAUAUACAACAAUUAAAAUAACUAUAUCCUUUUUAUAUUUAUUUUAAUUAACUAACAUGAUAUACAGAUCACGUAUAUUUGACUAGUAAAUUAAAAUGUGGGAGUACUAUAAUUUCCUUUGAAAUUUGUAUGAAUGGAUAUCUUUCGUUAAAAGCUGUUUAAAAAGUAUCUUAACUGAACACUCCUCACAGUCAGGUUUAGUUGCAGAACAAAUGAUGAACCAUUAUUGGAUUUAAAAGAAAAAAAUAAAGAAACCAAUAUUAUUUAGCAAAAAUCUGAAAAGGUAAGAAGGAGAUGAAAUUCCUGAAGGAUAAAUUAAAAAUAAAAGAAAAGUGAAAAGAAAAUAGAAAAGGAAAAGCCACGGUGUAUUAACUGGUCGUCAUCGAAAGGGACCUGUCACCGACCCCGCCCUAUUUCCCCUCAAUCUCAUUUCCCUUUCCACUUUUUUCAAAUUAACACCGCUACCCUUUUUCCUCAUUCUUCAAUUCAUUCACAUAUAUAGUAAUAUAUAUAUAUUCUCUGUCUCUCUUCGGUUUCAUUUUAGGAUUUGAUUCCCUCAAGAAUUCCUUGUUUCCCACCCCUGCCUAAUGUCUCACAAGUAAUCUUAUUUGUUUAUUUUUUUUUGAGACAAAGAAAAGUUGAUGGAUCGUUUUAGGGAUGAUGAACACCGUGAAAUCGAUAAACCAAAAUCAUCGAUGAUGCUCAAUAGAUCGAUGACACUUCGUAACGCCGCAAAUCCAAUUGAAUUCCCUGAAAAACCUGUCUACUUUUACCCUUCUCCUCCUCCUAUUAAACGAAAUGGCUCCGUCAAGAAGCUCCACACAUCGCCUUUAGAAUCAACGGGGACUUCUUUCAAGGGCACCGUUAAAAAUCUAUGCUCUCUUUUCGAAUCCCGUAAACCAUCCAAUUUACAACCUCAAAGCCCCACAAAGCCUGCCAAAUCAUUCAAUUCAGAUUCUAGGGUUUCGUCGUUUUCUGACUUGGGGUUUAGGCUGCCUGGAACAAAGGACUCUGUCGUUAUCUACUUUACCAGUCUUCGUGGAAUUCGGAGAACGUUUGAGGAUUGUUAUACUGCUAGAAUGAUUCUUAAAAGUUAUCAGGUCAAAAUUGACGAAAGGGAUAUUUCAAUGGACAGUGCGUUUAAAAAGGAACUGCAGAAUGUUUUGGAUCAGAAGAAUGUAAAUUUGCCACAAGUUUUUAUCAAAGGCAAGUACAUUGGAGGAUCUGAAGUGAUCAAGCAAUUGAAUGAAAUGGGCGAGUUGUCAAAGUUGCUAAGAGGACUUCCCCUUAGACCACCUGGAUAUAUGUGUGAAGGAUGUGGAGAUAUGCGUUUCUUACCUUGCUCGCAUUGUGAUGGCAGUAGAAAAUAUUUUGAUGAGGACGAAGGACAGCUCAGGAGAUGUCCCGACUGCAAUGAGAAUGGCUUGGUUCGUUGCCCUCUUUGUUGUUCUUGAUUUGCAUAGUAUAAGUUAAAUAUAACAGCCUGCCGCCAAUAGUUUUCGGUUCGUGCAGGUAGUGUUUGAGGUUGAAUAGCUUUUGCGUGUCUAACGCAAAAGUAAUGUUUGUUUAGUUUUUUUAUUGACAUAUAAAAUGCUUGCUAUGUAUAUAUUGCUUGGAGAACUUCAUUCCGUGGGAUGAAGGAUGGCUUUUUCAUCCCCAUAUAGUCAUGUAAAUUUACCAUCAAAUAUUAUGGUGUGGUUUUUGAUUGAAAACAUAGUUGCUUUCUUCAACAGGAGUUAUGAAAAUGAAAUAAAGUUCCUUGUUGCAAAGGGAAA